AUGUCGGAUAGCGUGCAGGAGUUGAAGCCUGGCCAUGAGCACCAUCUCCACUUGGACGCAAAGACUAGGGUUGUUUCCAACGUCGAUGCCAAGUUGGCCAAUCCACUACGAGGCAUUCCUAAUGAAACCCUCAUGAACGAGGUUGAGAUAUUCGCUCAGGAGAGGGGCCUUCCACAUCUGCUUCCUGAACUGAAAAAGGGGGCUCUUGUAGCACAAAAUGCGGAUGCCUACAAGCAGUACGACAUGUUUACAGACGAAGAUAAAAAGUUUCUGGAGGACGAGGUUACCCACAAAUGGAGACAAACAGGGACCCUCUACUACAUGGUUGUCAUGUCUUCCCUGGCUGCCGCAGUACAAGGCAUGGAUGAGGCUGUCAUUAACGGGGCCCAACUUUUUUAUCCGUCACAAUUUGGAAUGGAUACUACAACUUCGCGUGGCAGCUGGUUACUCGGCGUCGUCAACUCUGCGCCGUAUCUUUGCUGCGCAACCUUGUCAUGUUGGCUUACCCAUCCCUUGAAUCAAUGGCUUGGGCGGAAAAAAACGAUUUUUGUUACUUGCUUAAUCUCGUUUCUUACUUGCAUAUGGUCAGCAUUGACAAAUACCUGGUGGCAUCUUUUCAUCGCGAGGUUCUUCCUCGGUUUCGGCAUCGGUCCCAAAUCUGCGACCGUCCCCGUCUAUGCCGCUGAAUGUGCGCCGGCUCCAAUCCGUGGUGCACUUGUCAUGAUGUGGCAAAUGUGGACAGCAUUUGGCAUCGGACUCGGCGACGUCAUUGAUCUAGCAUUCUACUUCAUUCCCGACUCAGGAGGUAUCAGGGGCCUCAACUGGCGGCUGAUGCUCGCUUCUGCGGGUAUCCCGGGUUUGAUCGUUUGCUUGCAAGUUUUAUAUGCACCCGAAUCUCCUCGUUGGCUAAUUGGCAAGGGUCGGUACGAGGAAGCCUUCAAUGAGCUAUGUCGCUUGCGUUUUUCACGUGUUCAAGCUGCCCGCGACCUGUACUAUAUCCAUAUCCUGCUCGAAGCGGAGAACGAGAUGAAGAAGGGUAGAAACCGUGUCGUGGAGAUGUUUACUAUUCCCCGUAACAGGAACGCAGCGCUCGCAAGUUGGAUUGUCAUGUUUGGCCAACAGUUCUGUGGGUUAAACGUAAUCGCGUACUACUCGUCGAACAUCUUCUCCCAGUCUGGUUUCUCGGAUACCUCUGCUCUCGCGGCAACUGUUGGUUUCGGAGUUUUGAACUGGUUAUUCGCGCUCCCAGCAGUCUUUACCAUCGACACGUUCGGGCGUCGUAACUUGCUCUUGUUCACCUUCCCGUGUAUGGCUAUUUGUCUCCUGAUAACUGGCUUCUCUUUCUGGGAUACCUUCAGGGAAGGACGAAUCGUUGGGGUAGUGAUUGGCAUCUAUCUUUUCGCCAUCACCUACUCACCCGGCGAAGGGCCUGUUCCAUUCACUUAUUCGGCUGAAGUAUUCCCACUCUACAUCCGCGACAUUGGCAUGUCCUUCGCAACCGCAACGACUUGGUUCUGGAACUUUGUCUUGUCCAUCACAUGGCCGUCUCUGGUACUUGCGUUCAAGCCCCAAGGUGCAUUCGGAUGGUACGCAGCGUGGUGCAUGAUUCUUUGGUUCCUCAUUCUCCUCUUCGUACGCGAGACGAAGGGUAGGACGCUCGAGGAAUUGGAUCAGGUGUUCUCAGUUCCCGCCCGCGUCCAUGCUGCGUAUGGGCUCAGACAAAUCCCGUAUGGUAUCAAGAAGUUCAUACUGUUCCAAAACCCGGCACCAGAGCAGCUUUACCAGCCAGAGUCAGAGGGUGAGGAGAACAUUGGCCCUGGGGACGGAGCCGGGAAGGAGGCUCGUCGCAGUGCAGCCGCGGGACCAUAGAAGUCCCGUGUGAUUCUUCGUUGCUUCACUCGUUAAAUCAUUUAUCCGAGUCCAGGCGGGUCCCGGUGUUAGAUUGAGCAAGUCGUGCUGUCCCAAUGCGGCUGUUCCAAGCCGUGAGAACAAGCUUCCGUUCUUGUCCUCGUAAACUUAUCAUUCUUGUUGUUUGUGCAACUAAUUAUAACUUUGUUUGCACCCAGUUGUAUCUUUUGUGUCCUCAAUGUUUCAUACCUACACAAUGCUUGUGUUGUUCAUGAAGGCUGUAGUAUGUCCCACAAUGAGACUAUUGUUGUUCUAUAUUGCAGCUGCUUUUGAAAGUGUGGAAAAUGCAUCACCAGUUUCAUCCCAG